CCUGGGGACAGACAGCAGUCCUGCCUCAUCUUCUGCUUCCCCUGCCGGCAGCUCGGACCAUGGGAGGCCGCUACGGCGCUAUCUUUCUCCUCUUUCAUGUGCUAACUGUCUUGCUGACUCUCUCAGAAGUUGGAUCCCAGAAGAGCAAGCCCUGUGCUCGGUGGUGCCCUGCAAACUCCUCUUGUGUCAAUGGUACUGCCUGCCGCUGUGCUCCGGGAUUCAAUUCUUCAUCUGGGGAGAUCUUCACUAACCCCUUGGAGAGUUGUGAUGACAUCAAUGAGUGUGGACCACCCUUGCAAGUGUCCUGUGGAAGAUUAGCAGACUGCCAGAACACGGAAGGGGGCUACCACUGCACGUGCAUCAAAGGAUAUGAGCUUAUUUCUGGGGCAACAACGUUCAGGAAUGCGAGUGAGAACACGUGUCGAGAUGUGGACGAAUGUCAGCAGAAACCCAAAACCUGUAAAGGCCACAUCUGCAUCAACACCCAGGGCAGCUACACCUGCCAGUGCCCACCUGGCUUGGAGCUCAACCUGGAGGACCCAAAGCUGUGCACAGAUGUGAAUGAAUGUACCUCUGGGAGAAACCCAUGCCACAACUCCACCCACUGCUUCAACCUCGUGGGCACCUAUCAGUGCCGCUGCCGCCCUGGCUGGAAGCCGAUUCCUGGGUCCCCCAAUGGCCCAAACAACACCGUCUGUGAAGAUGUGGACGAGUGCAGCUCCGGGCAGCAUCAGUGUCACAGCUCCACCUUGUGCGCCAACACUAGGGGUUCAUACACGUGUGACUGCCGCCAAGGCUGGGUGCCCAAACCCGGAUUCCAGAAUAAACAAAACACCACCAUCUGCAAAGAGAUCUUCCCCACCUGGACCACACCCCCUGGAAUCAAGAGCCAGAGUCUCUCUGUCUUCUUCGAAGAAGUCAAGAAAAUGAGCAAAAACUUCAACCCAAACUUCACCCAGGAAAGCAUGAGGAAGCUCAUCACGUCAGUGGAUGACCUGUUGAAAACGCCAAGUGACUUGGAGGCCCUGGACCUGACUUCCAGGCAUCGCAUAGCCACCCACCUGCUCUCAGGCCUCGAACAAAUCCUGAGGAACCUGGCCAAAGCCAUGACUAAAGACUCCUUCACCUACCGUUCCCCUGGGGACACAGAGCUGUCCCUGGUGGUCCAGGAGCAGGGGAAAGGAAACAUCACUGUGGGCCAGAGCCACGCACGGAUGCUGCUGGACUGGUCCGUGGCAGCUGGAGCCAAGAAGUCGGGUCGCACCGUGGUGGGAAUCCUCUCCAGCAACAUGACGGGAUUGCUGGCCAACGCCACUUUGAACCUAGACUCGAAGAAGAAAGCUGAGCUGAAAAGGAGACUCAAAGGUCCUGUCCGUGGUGUUCAGCUCAAGCUUGUCUCAACCGUCAACUCAGUCUUUCUGAGCAACACAAACACAGAUAAACUCGACUCCAGCGUCACCUUUGCCUUCUCCUACCCUAAUCUGUCGGAGCAAGAAUCACCACCACGGCGGGAGCUGAUCUGUGCCUUCUGGAAGAGUGUCAGCAAUGGGAGCGGGUACUGGGCCACCUCAGGUUGCUGGAAGCGGGGCAGCACGAAUAGCAGCACCACCUGCCAGUGCAAUCACCUGAGCAGCUUUGCCAUCCUCAUGGCCCACUACGAUGUGGAGGACUGGAAGCUGGCCCUGAUCACCAAGGUGGGACUGGCGCUGUCGCUGGUCUGCCUGCUGCUGUGCAUUCUCACCUUCCUGUUGGUGCGGCCCAUCCAGGGCUCCCGCACCACGGUGCACCUGCACCUCUGCAUCUGCCUCUUCGUGGGCUCCGCCAUCUUCCUGGCGGGCAUCGAGAAAGAAGGCGAUCAGGUGGGGCUGCGCUGCCGCCUGGUGGCCGGGCUGCUGCACUACUGCUUCCUGGCCGCCUUCUGCUGGAUGAGCCUCGAGGGUGUGGAGCUCUACUUCCUCGUGGUGCGCGUGUUCCAAGGCCAAGGCCUGAAAAAGCGCUGGCAGUGCCUGAUCGGCUACGGCGUGCCCCUGUUCAUCGUGGGCGUCUCGGCAGCCAUCAACAACGAGGGCCAUGGCCGCCGCCACCGAAACUGCUGGCUGGACACUAAAAACGGCUUCCACUGGAGCUUCCUGGGACCUGUGACCUUCACCAUUUUGUGCAAUGCUGUCAUCUUCGUGAUUACUAUCUGGAAACUCACUCAGAAGUUUUCUGAAAUCAACCCAGACAUAAAGAAGUUAAAGAAGGCCAGGGUGCUGACCAUCACUGCCAUGGCCCAGUUCGUUAUGUUGGGCUGCACCUGGGUCUUCGGCCUGUUCCUCUUUGAUGAAGAUAGCCAGGUGCUGACCUAUACCUUCACGAUCCUCAACUGCCUGCAGGGCCUCUUCCUCUUUGUGCUGUACUGCCUGUUCAACAAGAAGGUGAGGGAGGAGUACCGGAAGUGGGCCCGGAUGGUCACGGGGAACAAGUACUCCGAGUUUGCCACAUCCACCUCUGGGUCUGGCUCCAGCCACAAUCCGACUCAGGCCCUCAGGCCAUCAGAGUGUGGCAUGUGAAGGCAUGGUUCUGGCCAGGCCACCAGCUCCUGUGGCCUCAGCAGCUUUUGCACAUGCUGAAGACCUCCUCUCCUCUCCCACUGCUAUCCCUCCUGCCUUGGUCCCCAUAUGCACCACGGAGAGGAGGGUGACAACUGCCAUGUGGCACCGAACUCCAGAAUACCCAGCAAAGGUGGAGAGUCGGACCUACUGGGCCUGCUUCUGGCUGCCUCUCAGCUCCACCCUGGCCAGGACACAGGGAAAGGGCAGAAGCUGGCCCAGGACUGCAGCCCCUUGUCCUGGUACAUAAGGCCCAGACAGACUGAGGGCUCCUGUGCCUGGCCUGGUCCUUCCCCCUCAUCUGUCUUUGCUACAGAACAAGAGGCCAGGGUGCUGGGACUCAGCUUCCUGGUUAAGCUAAGACUGAAGUCGGGGGUGGGAGAAGGGCAAGGCCCUUCUCAGCCCCUUGCCAAAGGCUCAUGGUACAGAGACCCAUCUACCCCCAGAGCAGAGGGUUCUCACUGAUGUGAAGGCUGUGGAUGUUGUGUAAUAUUUUUUAUCUGUAUAAACCUUUCAGUGUUGACACUUAAAAUUAAACAUCACGUUGAUGCAGAAAGAGACAUUUCUUCCUGACUAGGGGCUCACUGACCAGUC